UUUCAAUACAACUCUACAUUUUGACAUCUUGUGCUUCUGACUGUUUCUAACCUUCCUUUCACUCGCCGGACGUGUUGCUUUAUAAAACGUGUCGAAUAUUUGUUCAAUAAAUUUGUGAAUAAUUUUAAAAUAAUGGCGGAUAUUGAAAUCAAAAAGGAAAAGAAAAAGAAGAAAAUUAAGGAAGAGCCAAUUGAUGUGGAUGAUCUUGGAGCGCUACAAAAGUCUGGCGACUUUUCUGUUAAGCCGUCUGAGAAAUCUGUGAAGUUAGAUGCUUCGCAAUGGCCUUUGUUGUUGAAAAAUUUCGAUAAACUGAAUGUGCGUACCAACCACUACACACCUUUACCUCAUGGCUCUUCUCCACUUAAUAGAGAUAUUAAAGAAUAUAUGAAGUCGGGCUUCAUUAAUUUAGAUAAACCAUCUAAUCCAAGUUCGCAUGAAGUUGUCGCCUGGAUAAAGAAAAUUCUAAAAGUUGAGAAAACUGGACAUUCUGGAACGUUAGAUCCAAAAGUGACAGGUUGUCUUAUUGUGUGCAUUGAUCGCGCAACACGCCUGGUUAAGUCGCAACAAAGUGCUGGUAAAGAAUACGUUGCUAUAUUCAAGCUACAUUCGCCAGUGGAGUCGGUAGCAAAAGUUCGUCAAGGACUGGAAAAAUUGCGUGGUGCACUAUUCCAACGGCCACCUUUAAUUUCAGCAGUCAAAAGACAAUUGCGUGUUCGUACAGUUUAUGAUAGUAAACUCUUGGAUUAUGACGAGGCUCGUAAUAUGGGUGUUUUUUGGGUUAGCUGUGAGGCGGGUUCGUAUAUUCGUACCAUGUGCGUUCACUUGGGCUUAGUGCUCGGAGUUGGUGGCCAAAUGUUGGAACUGAGACGUGUACGUUCUGGCAUACAGUCUGAGCGUGAUGGUAUGGUGACGAUGCACGAUGUCUUGGAUGCUAUGUACCUGUAUGAAAAUCACAAAGACGAGUCGAUGUUGCGACGAGUAAUCAAGCCUUUAGAAGGUUUACUUGUUAACCAUAAACGCAUUAUAAUGAAAGAUAGCUCGGUCAACGCUGUUUGCUACGGUGCGAAAAUUAUGUUGCCAGGUGUCUUACGCUAUGAGGAUGGUAUUGAAAUUGAUCAAGAAAUUGUCAUCGUCACAACAAAGGGUGAGGCAAUUUGUUUGGCCAUUGCUCAAAUGACAACAGCAACAAUGGCAUCAUGUGAUCACGGUGUCGUAGCUAAGAUCAAACGUGUUAUCAUGGAGAGAGAUACAUAUCCGCGUAAAUGGGGCCUAGGACCUAAAGCUUCAGCAAAGAAAGCACUUAUUGCGGCAGGAAAAUUGGAUAAAUAUGGACGUCCGAAUGAAAAUACACCCAAGGAGUGGUUAACCGGCUUCGUCGAUUACAAUGCGAAGAAGCCUGCGGCAGCUGUAGUGCCACAAAAUACAACGCCAAACCAUGGUGGCAGUACAGAGGAGGGUAAAAAGCGCAAAUUGAGUGUGACCAGCCAAGAUGAGAACACUGAAUCCGUGGUACCAGCUGAUAUUGAAAAGUCCGAAAAGAAGAAGAAGAAGAAGCACAAAUCCGAUAAAGAGGCCCCCGAAGAAACAGUAGUGGUGGAAGAGGAAGCGGAGGUGACAGAAAAGAAGGAGAAAAAGAAGAAGAAGAAGAAGGACAAAGAUAGAGAAAAAGAAGCUGAGGAAUGAAUUAAGCCUUUGUAGAUCGCUAAAUUCAAGUCUAUUGCAGUGCAUUUUAUAGAGUACCCUUCUAUUGCAUUAAUUUUAGUUAACGCCUUUUUUUAAAUACAAAAUUGUUUGCAAAAAUUUUAAGGUUGACUCAGAAAUAAGUCUGAGUAGGUUCAGUAUGUGGUCUUUCUAAGCCAUAUAUUUUUCUAUGAAUUGACAACGUCGACCUCAGCAAAUAUACAAAAUAAUACAAUAAUUACAUAUUAUGUAUUGUAGCUAUAAGUUUAAAGAUAAGUGGUAACUGUAGACUACUUAAUUUCUCAGCUGUACAAAUGGUAUAUUACCAAUAUGUGGCUGACAACAAAAACAUGAAAAUAUACAAUGUAGCCUAUAAAAAAAACGUAA